CUCGGGCGACCCGUGCCUUACGCCGUCAACCCGUGCGACUACUUCCUCGAUUGCAUCACGCCCGGCGGCGACGUCGCGGACGUGCCGACUUUCGUGGCCGCGUUCCGCGACUGCCAGUGGCCGAGGGUGGAGGCAGAGGUCGAGGAGGCGGCCCUCUCAGCGACGGGAAAGACUCCGCUCGAGAUCCUGGAGCUCGAGCGCUGCUGGCGCGUCGCCGCGCUGGCGCACGAGCCGCGGACGGCGGGACUCGGGGCGGCGCGUUUCGGCGUCGGGUAUGGCACGCAGCUGGCGACUCUGCUUCGCCGGCAGGUGCGCCUGACGCUGCGCGACCCCGUCUGCAUCGGCGUCAACAUCGGAUGCAAGAUGGUCGUCGGGAUUUUGGUCGGGCUCCUCUUCUUUCGGGUUUGGAACCAACAGACCGAUUUCAUGGGCCUCUACCUCGGGGGGACGCUAGCUGACGGUGCGGGCGUCGACUUGAAGAUUAACUCAUACGUGUACGAGCAGUUGGCGGACGGGACGCGCCUCCUUUCCCUCAACGGCACUACGGACGAGGAUGCGCAUAUCGGCCGCGCGCUGCACGCCACCACCUACUUCACGUACGCGCUCGUCAUUAUGGCCGGCCUGUCGGCGAUCCCGCUCCUUCCGCUCACGAUCCAAGAUCGCACCAUCAUGAAGGCGCCCCCCCGCGGCAGAGGCCCAUGA